AUUUACAUCUACCGAACGAAAACUUUGAAAAGAAAAACCUAUAAAGCAGUGAUCGUCUGAAUUUGGCUUGAUUAUACGGGCUUAAUAGGUCAAACAAUACGCAAUAUUUCUUGACGUUAUAAUAUGGAACAGCUUCAAACAGACAAGAUUAAUGAGCUCCGUCGAGAGUUGACUCUUACCAGGGCUUCAUUCGAACAAAAGUUAAACGAUGCAGAAAACAAGAUACGGGAAUUUAAAAAGAUAGGCGAAGAUCGAAAGCGUCUUAUAGAUGAAAACAAAGAAGCUCUAACAUCAAUCGAACAAGAAAAUAAUCAAUUAAAAGACGAAAACAAAAAAAUGAAGGAAGAGCUAGAGAAAACACUUUAUGAAUGUGCACAUCAAGAAAAAUUGCUAGAGCAAGAACGACAGAGUCGUAUAUCUCUUGAGACAGCCAAAGUCCAAGAAAUG